CAGCUGUUAUUUCUGAAAGCCGAAAACGUUUAGACAACUUUUCUUAGUCCGGAGAAAAAACAAUGGUAAACGAAAAAAAGCGUCGCUCGCGGUCGCGAGAGCGUUACAGGGAGGACCGGCCGGCCGUGGGGAAUCCCAGAGAUCGUGAGCGGGACAGGGACCGCGCGAGGGAGCGGGACCGGCAGUAUGAGAGGGAGAAGGACAGACGCCAGCGACGUUCGCGUUCCCGGGAGGAUCGCGGCAGGCGGAGGUCACCAGAACGUCAACGUCCUCGCGAAAAUGUGCGGGAGCGAUCCAGGGAAAGGGGUGCUGGAGCCGGUGGAGGAGGUGCUCCAAAUGGUGGCGCUGAAAAGAAACCCAAAUUAGAUUCGGCAGAUGCCCCACCUAAACCCUUAAUAGUCGAAGAUGGGGAGCACCAGGAGGAAAAAGAGGCCAAGGUAAAAAAGGAGCCACUCUCGCUGGAGGAGCUGCUGGACAAGAAAAAACGUGAGGAAGAGGCAAGAAGCAAGCCAGUCUUUCUCACAAAAGAGCAGAGAGCCCUGGAGGCUAUUAAGCGUCGCCAGGAGGAAGUAGAGCGCCAGCGGGCUGCUCACGAUGCAGCACGUGAGCAAAUGGCUGCCGCCAGUAAAGUGAGCAUCUCCAUGGGCACGGCCAUGGCAUCAGGAGCUCCUCCGCCGGCUAUCAUGGCACCGCCACCCAAACCAGAUCGUCGUGAAAGAGGUGGAGGACGAGAUCGGGGCGACAGGGGUGAUCGCGGCGAAAGAGGCGAUGACAAGCGGGCUGAGGACCUCACCCACAAAGAUAAAGAAAAGGAACUGGAGGCCAUUAGGGAGCGCUAUCUUGGCAUUAUAAAGAAAAAACGUCGCGUUCGUCGACUCAACGACCGUAAAUUCGUUUUCGAUUGGGACGCCGGCGAAGAUACUUCCAUAGAUUAUAAUAAUCUCUACAAAGAACGUCAUCACGUCCAAUUUUUUGGUAGAGGAAAUGUGGCUGGUAUCGAUAUCAAAGAACAGAAGCGCACCCAAAGCAAAUUCUACGGAGAUCUUUUAGAGAAAAGACGAACCGAGGCAGAGAAGGAACAGGAGAAGGUGCGACUUAAGAAGAUGAAGCGCAAGGAGGACAAACAGAAGUGGGACGAUCGUCACUGGUCAGAAAAGGACAACGAUGAGAUGACCGAGCGUGAUUGGCGUAUCUUCCGGGAGGACUACAAUGUCACCAUUAAAGGCGGCCGCAUUCCCAAUCCUAUUAGGAGUUGGAGUGAGUCCGGGUUUCCGAAGGAGAUCAUCGACAUCAUCGAUAAAGUGGGCUACAAGGAACCCACGCCCAUUCAGAGGCAAGCUAUUCCCAUUGGUCUGCAGAACAGGGAUAUUAUUGGCGUGGCUGAGACUGGUUCCGGAAAAACUCUGGCUUUCCUUAUACCUUUGCUUUCUUGGAUUCAGUCGUUGCCCAAAAUCGAACGUCUGGAGGAUGUGGAUCAAGGCCCAUAUGCCAUCAUCAUGGCUCCCACGCGUGAAUUGGCCCAGCAAAUCGAGGAGGAAACAACCAAAUUCGGACAACCGUUAGGCAUUCGAACUGUAGUCGUUGUGGGCGGUUUGUCCAGGGAAGAGCAAGGUUUCCGACUGCGCUUGGGUUGCGAGAUCGUCAUCGCCACUCCCGGUCGUCUUAUUGAUGUUCUGGAAAAUCGUUAUUUGGUACUCAACCAAUGCACUUACAUUGUGCUCGAUGAAGCCGAUCGUAUGAUAGACAUGGGUUUUGAACCGGAUGUCCAGAAGAUUCUGGAGUACAUGCCAGUGACCAACCUUAAGCCCGACACGGAGGAAGCUGAGGAUGAAACCAAGCUGAUGGAGAACUUCUACACCAAAAAGAAGUAUCGCCAAACCGUGAUGUUCACGGCAACGAUGCCUCCGGCAGUGGAAAGAUUAGCUCGCUCGUAUCUCCGUCGACCGGCAACGGUUUACAUUGGAUCCGUAGGAAAACCGACGGAGAGGACGGAACAAAUCGUUUACAUGAUGGGUGAGAACGACAAGCGCAAGAAGCUCAUGGAGAUCCUGUCGAGGAAGAUCGACCCACCGAUCAUCAUCUUCGUCAAUCAAAAGAAGGGCGCCGAUGUGCUGGCCAAGGGCUUGGAGAAACUGGGCUACAACUCGUGUACAUUGCACGGUGGCAAGGGCCAGGAGCAGAGAGAGUACGCUUUGGCUGCUUUGAAAUCGGGCGCGAAGGACAUCCUUGUGGCCACCGACGUCGCUGGUCGUGGUAUCGACAUCAAGGAUGUGUCGCUGGUCAUCAACUACGACAUGGCCAAGACCAUCGAGGACUACACCCAUCGUAUCGGUCGUACGGGUCGUGCUGGCAAGACUGGUUGCGCCAUUUCGUUUGUCACCAAGGACGACAGUGCUCUGUUCUACGAUCUGAAGCAGUGUGUAUCUGCUAGUCCAGUCUCGACCUGUCCGCCGGAGCUGAUGAAUCACCCGGAGGCGCAGCACAAACCGGGCACGGUGGUCACCAAAAAGCGUAGGGAGGAGAAAAUAUUCGCCUAAAAUGGCGUAUUUCGAACAUAACUACAUUUAGGUAUAAGUUUAAAAACAAAUAAAGUUGGAAAAGCCAAGUCCUGGCAUCCAAAUUUCAUUUUGGAAA